GACGUCCAAAGCUCAAAUAAUGAGCAAAAUGUUGCCCAUGUUCACAAACCUUACAAAUACAGGUUGUCGUUUCACAACGAAACCUGUUUUAGUUAAUUUGACGAAACUAUAUAAUGGCAAUACGUCAGAAUGUUUUGUCAGAAUACGGAUGUUUUUAUGAAUUCACUUGGCUUGGCUUUCACUCGUAAUAUUUACUAAAAGUUGUCUCUUGCCUGGUCAAAUUUUUCUUCGGCUGGUCUAAAUAUUCUUUGGAAGUGUACGAAAAAUGAAAGAUUUACUUUCCCAUCAGGUUUUUAUCCCAGAUCCUUCCCAAUUACAUCGACCAGAAACACUUUAUGAGGAGUAUAAUACAUUACAUCAACUAAAACCGGUUGCUAAGAGUCUUGAAGAUGUUGGAAAAGAUGUGGAGACAUUUCGUAACUAUGAUGUGAAUGACAGCAUGGCUUAUGUCAGAGAGACAUAUCGAAAAAUGCACACGGAACAAACUGUUGAAAAAGGAGAGCAAAUGCGCAAAGAAUGGUUAUCACUUGAUCAUGAUGAGAUGACAAUAAUGGAUGCUAUUACACUCUUGGACAAUCUUGUUGAUGAGAGUGAUCCCGAUAUUGAUUUACCAAACUCAGUUCAUGCUUUCCAAACUGCUGAGAGAAUACGGGAAGCACAUCCAGAUAAAGAUUGGUUUCAGUUAGUUGGCCUGAUCCAUGAUGUGGGAAAAGUUAUGGCAUUGCAUGGUGUUCCACAGCAUUUUGUUGUUGGAGAUACAUAUCCUCUUGGCUGCAAGUUUUCAGAGAAAAUUGUCUUUUCAGAACAACUUGUGGCAAACCCUGACACAAAAGUACCGAAGUACAGUUCUACGUUUGGCAUGUAUAAACCCAACUGUGGCCUUGAUAAUGUGCAGAUGUCUUGGGGACAUGAUGAGUAUAUGUAUCAAGUAUUAAUUGGAAAUGGAUGCAAGAUACCAAAUGAAGGUUUAUAUAUGAUCAGAUAUCAUUCAUUCUAUCCAUGGCAUUGUGAAGGAGAAUAUGAUCAUCUCUGUAGCGAUAAAGACAGAACCAUGCUCCCUUGGAUCAAGGAAUUUAAUCGAUUUGAUCUUUACUCAAAAGCAGAUUCCUUACCUGAUGUCAAGAAGAUUAGACCAUAUUAUCAAUCUCUCAUUGACAAGUUUUGUCCUGGAACAUUAAAGUGGUGAUUUUUACUGUCUAUAUACAUGUACUGAUCCCAAACAAUUUUUUUGCUCAAUUUGUAAAUGAAAUAAUUACUCUCCAAUGUAUUUAAUUGUAAUAUAACUGAAUUUUUGUGGGUCCCUCUUUGCAGAAAUAAUUGUGCAGUUAAAACUGACAAUAAAUGUAAUGCAAGUCUUGGAUACAUAUAUAUCAUCCUAUACAUAUAUAUAUUUUUUCGUUACGUAUAAAUAAUAUAAUUCUUCAAA